GUUGCACAUACGUUCUGCUCUGAUUCUGUGUUUGCACCGAAGAGGUGUUUUGCUUCUCUGUGGAAACCGUGACAUGAGAACUUUUACCUCUGUAAAGUCCUGCGGAAACGACCAAGCGUUAAGAAAUGUCGUUUAAGAACUAUCCUGCGCGUGGAGGCACUGUUAGACACCUUUCAAGCUUUCCUCAAUAUCAGAGCCUAGCAGAAACAUACGGCUGCUCUGCGGUGCACAAGUCGUUCCUUUCAGAUCACUUCGCUCGGUGCUCUAGCCUUUAUCACCUUGAUUUACUGGGACAUUAUGGUUGUGUAAAUGCUAUAGAAUUCUCAAAUAAUGGCGGAGAAUUCAUUGUUUCAGGUUUGGAUGUGAUAUUUCUAUUAUUAUGACCUUUUUUGUUCAUUGUGCGUUCCUAUUGGCUGAUGCGAAUCCAUCAUAUAAAUCAUAAACUUAAUUGCACGUUUUAUUCACGUAGGUCGAACUUUGCUGUCGGCGAUACUGCUAGGUACUACCAAAAAAAACAACAACAACAACACCACACUGGAUAUCCAAUCUAACUUUGACUUGAUUGUCAUGUUCUCCUAUGGGAACACCUCUUAGCCCUGUAACCCUUUAUGAGUGAUCAAGACAGAAUUUCUCCUAAAAAUAUCAAUACAACAUCAAGCAGAAAAUUGAUGAGAAUAUAGAAAAAUAACAACUAGGGGAUUAGUAUCUGAUCCAAUACCAAAUUCUCAGAACUAAAAUAGGACAGUAAGGAGAGUUACUGAGAUCUUGGGAAUGAAAGGAUUAAGUGAAACUUUUGCAUUGCAAAACUGCACUUAGAGGGUUUUUAGAGCAGGUCUAGUCAGGUAGAAGUUUAUUUUGUUCAAACCUUUGUUUUAAGGUGGUGAUGAUCGUCGUGUUGUGGUAUGGAACAUUGAAAAGUGCGUCUAUGGAACUCAACCUCCAGUGUCAAUGAAGGGAGAACACAAGUCUAACAUUUUCUGUACUGUUUUUGAUAAUGACAACAGGCAUAUUUUUUCAGCAGGUAGGUUUAUAAUGCUUUAAGGUCAUAGAGGGAUCCAUUUAAAAUUUCUCCUCAUGUUAUUAGUACGUAAACACAACUACAACAGGAAUUUCUAACCAGCAUCCAAACUGGAUGUUACCAAAGUUUUAUUGAACCAAAUUUUGUUUCAGACAUGAAAGUGUGUUGCAGUAACCAUUAUCAUAUCAAAGUAUUUGAUUGUCAAUCUGAGUAGUGCUAGCGUUUUCUAUCAGUACUUUUUCACUUAACAGGCAAUGACAAUCAAGCCCUCAGGCACGAUUUCACAACGUAAGUACAAUAACAUUUUCGAACAAGUGUGCAACUUUCUGUAAUAAUAACAACUUACUCCAAUCAGGCAGAAUUAAAGCAACCAACAUAUCUGUAUGGGUUUUGAGUGCAGCCUGGAUAACAGUACGUCUCUCUACCUUGGAGUGCAAUAGAUAUAUAUUUACAAAUAGUGGGUAAACCAGACAAAAUAAUGAGUUGAUGGACAAUCAUAUGCUCAUGAGUGUAGAGAGGUACUUUGAGUCAGAGUUAAAGGUUUUGUCGAAGAACACAACACAUUAUGACCCUGUUUGGUCUUUCACCCAGACCUCUUGACUUGGACUCCAGAGUACUAACCGUCAGGCCACCACUUUGCUAAUGUACACAGUCUUCUAAAUACCUCUUUCUCUCUGGUUUUUAACAUUUUUUUCUUCCUGAAUUAUAUUAAGUGGUGAGACAGUUGGCAUGUACUACCAUGAUGACCCAGUUUAUGGCCUUAAUAUUCACCCAGAGGAUAACAAUGUAUUCUUAACAGCUUCUGAUGAUGGAAAAGUUAUGCUUUGGGACAUAAGGGCAUCUCCAGUUAGUGGUAUGGAACUUUUUUGCCCCAUUUUCUUCACAAACUGUUGCUUGUAAAGGUUAACAACACACGUUUUUUUGUUGAUCAUAUUGUGUAAUCUUUUGGGUGAGAGAAGCACAGAAAACAAAGGAUGUUAGUGAGUUUAGUUUUUAAUAUGGAAACAGAAGUCUUCCAAGGAGAAGAUCCUGGUCUUGUUGCCCAGUGCUCAGUACGAACUCGUAAAUGUACCAAAAUGUAAAGAGAUAAUCUUGUUCAGACAAUAUCAGCCUUCUUUAGAGGUAAAUAUGUUAAAGGUAAUCUCAUUAAUGUAUUCAUAGGUUCUUCCACAUGUAUUGCUCGUCAUGAAUCAGCUUUCCAUGCUGCUGUUUUCAAUCCAGUGGACCCUAGUUUGAUUGCAACAGCUAACUCCAAGAAAGGUGUCCAGCUUUGGGAUGUCAGGGUUCCAAUCAGGUUUGUUGCAAAUUAUCUGUUACUUUUCCAUACUUUUUCACCCAACAGUUAAAAAAAAGCAUGUUUCCAACCUCCCUGAUUUAAAAAUUAUUUGUUAUAUUAGAAACUGUGUUCACUGUAUAGCUGGUAAAAAUGUCUAUUUCUUGCUAGCUAUUGUGUGGUUGUUUGGUAAUUGUCUCACUCAGUUUUAUGGAAAAUUGUCAAAUUUGAACUUGGAUCAGUGGCAGAAACAGAAACCUUGUGACUGUGUGGAAACUUGAUUAAUGGCAAGGGGGGUGGCCCACCAUGAACUAACAACAUGUCAAGGAGGCGUAGAUGCACUAUCAGUUGCUUCAUGGUUUGGAAAUAACAUAAAGCCCCCUUCCUCCCUCCCCCCCUCUGUUUCUUUAACCUUACAGGUAACAUUUUAAGAAAAACCUUAGAACAUCAUAAUAAAGUAUUUGCUGCGGCUGAAAAAAGCUUAAGCACAGACAUCAAGAGAUGAUCAAUGUUGAUUUACUCUUUAGUUGUUUAAGGCAGUUCAGUUAUGGAGCACCUCAGAUGUGUGCCAUGGGGUUAAAAUGGAACAGGACAGGUGACAUGAUAACUGCCCUUCGUCGCCGCCUUCCUCCAGUUCUUUAUCAUGUUACUCAGUCUUCAGCUGUGGCUGAGUUCCACCACCCGGGCUACAAUAAUGUGUGCACCAUGAAGAGUAAUUGUUUUGCAGGAAGCAAAGAUCAGGUGAUUAUUUUAUCCAGGGCAGUGUCAAAGAAUAGCUGAUUGUGAGCUACAGAACAUGUUUAGCUUCUACAAAUUGAGUGGGGAGGAGGGCACUGUUAGAGAGUACUAUGUAACUUUUCUUAGGGGGUGGGUUGUAGAAAUCAGCAACUUUGUCCUGGCUUAGGUGAUUGUUUUACUGUGUGCUGAGACAAAUGACGGCUGAUCCUGAGCUGCAAAACAUCUUUUCUCUUUAGUUUAUAGCAUCUACAACCUUGCAGGGGUGGGGGGGGCCACUGUUCAAGAGAGGGAAACUUUCUUGAAGGGUUAGGUGGGGGGAGGAGCAUAAAAAUUGGUAACUUUGUUAUGGCAGGUAACUCGCAUUGUUGUCUGUAUCCAUGUUUGUGGAUAUUAUCAAACCAUAUUAGUUGUAAUUAUUCAAAUUGUUUCUUGAUUUAGAAUUCUGGGAGACUCAGUAACAGACUGUAAGAUUGACAGGUGUUGUUAUUUGUGUUAUCUCUAAGUUUGUUGUCUCUGGCUCUGAUGACUUCAAGAUUUACAUCUGGGAAGUGCCAGAUGAUUGGGCAGAUCAUGACAAGGUGCUGACUGUUGGUAGGGCAUUCAUGGUACUUCAUGGUCACCGCUCCAUUGUUAACCAAGUUCGCUUCAACCCCGAGACACAUAUGCUCUUAUCAGCAGGAGUAGAAAAAGUGAUAAAGGUUGGUUACAUUGUCAUAAACUUUGAGAGUAGAAAGGCAAGUAAGAAAUAGUAGGCGACUUGGUUUUUUUGGACAAUGCUGUGUAGUCAGAUUACACACAAGACUGGGAAUCAUAAAAUUUGCACAAACCUUGAAGCAAACUCUGAAAGGGGAAUCAAGUCACCUAUCUAAAGAGGUUACUGGAAUAUUAUGCACUCAUUCUACUCAAAAAUUGGGAAAUGGCUGCUGUGCAAGUUUCUUCAGUGGUAUUACAAUAUUUGUAUGAUUUUUUCCUCACCUUUUAUGGUUAAGUGAGAUGAAAGUAGUCAGCCUAAGAUGGCAGAUCAGCCAUGCAUUUUGGCCAGCUACUGGUCUUGUUGACAGCUCUGAGUAGCACAUGGAGUGUGUAGUGUUCUUUUCUUCUAAUAUGCUUCUCAUACAAUUGUAAUUAUGAUAAAAUACAUAUCUGUAUGAUUUCAUGCAAUAGGCAUUUAGAGAAUGCAGUUUCAAGGCAGUGUAGAAUCAACCUGGAAAUUUUACUUCCUCUAGGUAUGGAGUCCUUUCCCAGUGUCAAGAGGGUGUAGUGAGAUGGACACCAGCCAUAAAAGCUGCCGUGAGCUUUAUUCUCAUAGUGAUUACCUAAGUUUUAUUCAGUUUGGUGGCCUACCUCUUAAUCAUGAUGAAUAUGAAAGCAAGUCAACUGCAGAAGACCCUCGUAUGUUAGCUUUCUUUGACUCUUUAAUACAGCGUGAGAAAGAUAAUCUCCACUCUGACUCAGAGGACAGCUUAUUGGAUGAUUUCCACCUUAGUUUUAUCCUUCAGCCUGAUAGCAGUGAAGAGAGUGAUAGUGAUACAACUGAGACCAGCAUGAGCCACCUGCUCCUGAGAGAACUUCUUCAUCGUCCAAGCUCAGAGACACUAGAGGGACACGCAGCUAUAAACAGUUCAGGACAAGGUGUGCUUAGACGGCUGAGAAAACUCAGGGACACUGUUGUUAUUCGUGAUCUGCUUAAUGCAGGUAGCAGUAGUACAGACAGCGAGGAAGGCAAUCAUGUUAAGGUUGUUGGGCCUGCAUUACCUAGUGAUCUUGAGAGUGGUGAAGGCACUACACAAUCUACAGUUCAGUUUAAAAGACACAAACCUCAUGCAAAAAGACAAUACAGAUCUCGAAACAGAUCAAGAGAUGUAGAUGAUACCUCUUCAUCAGAAAGUGCUGAUGAAAGUGACUUUACUAAGCAGAAAAUACAAAUAAGAGCUGAUAAGGACAAUUCUAUUGAAACCAGUAGCAGCAGCAACAGCAGUAGUAGUGGUAGUAGCAGCCACUCAGAGAGAGACUCCAGGAAGUCAAAGGGAUACAGGGAGAAUACAGAAUCCAGCAGUGAUGAUGCAGAGAUUUGCAAGUUGUCACACAAAAGAAGAAAACUUAACAGGGCAAAUUCAAAGAAUUUAUCUAAUAACCUAAAAACUCAGGGAAAUGUAUGCAGGGCAACUGAGGUCAACAUCAAUGGAACCAUAGAGAAUUAUCAACAGCUGGAUGGCAAUAAUGGUGAAGACAGUCAAAAUGCAAACAACAUUUUACAUGGAGAAGGAAUAAUAAAUAGUGAUAGGUGUGAAGCUUCUCAAACAGAUUGCUCUUCAGAUUUGCAUGUGAGUAACCAAACUGUUACCUCUCAUGAGAGCGUCUGGGCAGAUCAUUCCAGUUACAAGCCAUGUGGAAACAAAAAAAGCUCUCAUGAUCAGGGGGAUGAUCAUGAGGAAUCAAGUAGAUAAUCCUUUUUCAUGUAAACCCUUCAACUCCCAGGAUCUUGGUGAUAUACUUUUUCUUGGUUUUAGAAAAAAAGAAAAAGAAAUUGGGGUUACCAAAGUAACACUCCCUUGUUUGCUGGAUACAUUUUUUAAAUUGCCAGGGGGAGUAACACUAAUGGUUUUGUGAAGUGAAGGAUUAGUGAGAGGCUUGCUGCGUGAUGAACAUCCCAAAGUGUCCAAAUAAGCUUCAGGAAAAUUCAUGAACACAAGCAAAAUGGUCAAGCAUGAAAUAAUAUAUUCAUGAGUGUCCUUAAGAACCUAACAAGUUCUGAACUACUUGUUGAACAAUAAUUGAGUUUCAAAACUUAACUUAGGAGGGUUUAUGAGCUAUGGAUUAUAAGACUAGAUAAACAGUUCCUUCAUUUGAAACCAUUCUCAGGUUUACCCUAAGGUAGUCAGUCCAUCCAAU